CCAGUUCAGGUUCAAGUUGAAACAGUUGCUGGCAAGUCGCAAAAUGAGAACGGCGGCGCUUGCACUCUUCUGUGUGGGAUUAUGGGUCAGCAUGGCAUCGGUGCUGGGCAAGCAAUAUUUGCGCUGUGAACUGGCCCGCAAGCUGCUGGAGCAGCACAGCUUUGAGCGCAGUCUCCUAUCCAAUUGGAUAUGCCUGCUGGAGCAUGAGAGCGAGCUGGAUACUUCAAAGAUAAGCACCACAUUGAAUGGAUCACGCUAUGGUCUCUUUCAGAUCGAAAGUCGCUAUUGCCAAGACGGCAGACGUGGGGGCGUUUGCAAUGUCAAGUGUCAAGAUCUGGUAGAAGAAAAUCUGCGCGAGGCUGCCGCCUGUGCCAAGCGUAUUCAGGCGGAGGAAGGCUUUCGGCAUUGGAGCGGUUGGCAACGAUAUUGUCGCAACACGCAGAAUUUGCCUAACUUAAAGGUCAUUUGCGGCAUUUGAAUAUACUCUCUCUUUUUAUACUCGAAAUACACAUAAAAUGCUCUUAAAUAAACUGUUAAAGAUGCUUGAUUUUUUAUUUACAAA